AUGGUUCCACCUCUUAUGUUGUUAUGCAAGUAUGGUGAUCGUGCCAUUGUGUUCAAGGUUGUGUCAAACUGCACGUUGAAGGAUUUAACUGAUUUCUUAAGUUGUAAAUUGAAGAAGUUUGACAAUAGUGGUUACAUACUGUUAUCGUACUGUUUGCCUGGACAUUCACAAUGCAUGAUUGAUGAUGAUUCUAAUUUUCAGAAUAUGUUGUCACUUGUUAUCCCCAUGGUUAAUGGAAUUACUCAUGUAGGUCAAAGAUUUAUUGGAUGUGCAAAGGAUUUUUGGACUGCAUUAUGUAAAUAUGCCGUUGAGAUAGGAUUUGAGUUUGUGUAUGUGAAAAAUGAGAAGUGUCGGGUCACUGCUAUGUGUUCAAUGCGGGAGUCCAAAGCUUGUUUAUGGCGAGUACAUGCAUCUCUAGAAAGUGCUAAUAAUUUUUUCUACAUUAGGACUCUACAUGAUGAGCAUACUUGUGGAGCUACAGUUCAUACUUCUAAAAACUCAAGGAUGAGUUCAAAUUUGGUUGCAAGUUUGAUUGUUAAUGAAGUUCAUAGGAAUCCCCAAACUCGUCCAAUUGAUGUUGUGCGUCAAUUUACAGAUCAAUAUGGGCUCACCAUUACGUACAAUCACGCUUGGUUGGGAGUUGAGAAAGCUAGGACUACUACUUUUGGAGAUUUGUUUAUGUCUUAUGAUGAGAUUCGAUGGUAUAUGGCUAUUGUGAUGAGCACAAAUCCUGGUAGCUAUUUGCGUCUUGACAAUAACCAUCAAAGUGGACGGUUCAAGAGGUUUUUUGUUGCAUUUAAUGCUUUCAUUCAAGGGUUUAGGCAUUGUCAUCCUCUAUUGUUUAUCGAUGGAACUUUUCUGAAGGGGAAAUAUAAGGGCACUUUGUUAACAGCUACAGCGAAUAAUGGGGAUCAAGGUUUUUUCCCUCUUGCAAUGGCAAUUGUCGAUACGGAGACUACAGACAGUUGGAAAUGGUUUUUUAUACAUUUGUCGAAUAUAUUGUUGGAUGAAAGACCAAUUACCUUCAUAUCUGAUCAGAACGCAGGACUUUUGGAGGCUUUACCCAAGGCCAAUUUGAGGGAUAGGUUUUCCGGUCCAAGUUUCAGCAAUACUUUCAGGAGUAGGAUAGUUUUUUUGUUUUCUUCAUGUGCUUGUACUCCGACAGUAGGAUGUUUUAAUCAGUGUUUGAAAGAAUUACAAGAUGAGGGAAAAGGGAUCGUUUGUGGAUUUCUAUCCAAUUUGCCCUAUGACAAGUGGAGUAAUGCAUAUUUUAAAGGACAAAAAUACAGUGAAAUGCACUCGAAUGUGGCAGUCUUUCAAUUCAUGGAUCCGUCAAGCUUGUCAUUUGCCGACUACAAAGAUGAUUGA